GCCUCUUCCAAUCAGCAACCGAGGGUUCUUCAAAACUACUCAGCGGAAACAUGGACCACAUCACAGAGAGGCAGAGGUAGAGCCUGCUGCUGAGCACAGCUCAUCUCUGGAACAAACUGAACAGGCAUCUUGGUGGGUGAGUCAUUUGUCUUCCUCUCUAUAGGUGUUCAUCAGAACAGACACUAUGGAGGAUGACGACUACUUUGCAAGCAUGUUCAACGUGUCCAACGCCAACAAGCAGGAGCACAAUAACUUCCUGGAGUUCAAGAAGCUCUUUCUGCCCUGCAUGUACGUGGCCGUGUUCCUCUGUGGCCUGGUGGGGAACUCGCUGGUGCUGGUCAUCUACAUCUUCUACCAGAAGCUGAAGAGCCUGACGGACAUGUUCCUGGUGAACCUGCCCCUGGCUGACCUGGUGUUUGUCUGCACCCUGCCCUUCUGGGCCUACGCAGGCAUGCACGAAUGGGUCUUUGGCAAGGUGAUGUGCCAAAUCCUGCUAGGCGUCUAUACUUUCAACUUCUACACGUCCAUGCUCAUCCUCGUCUGCAUCACCGUGGACCGCUUCAUGGCGGUGGUCCGGGCCACAAAGGCCUAUAACCAGAAGGCGAAGCGGAUGAGCUGGGGCAAGGCCAUCUGCGGGUCCAUCUGGGUGGUCUCCCUGCUGUUGGCCUUGCCACAGAUCAUCUAUGGUGAUGUCCAUAAGUACGACAAGUGGGUCUGUGAUCACAACGAGACGAUUUCCACUGUGGUUCUCGCCACCCAGAUGACUCUGGGGUUCUUCCUGCCACUGCUCACCAUGAUUGUCUGCUACUCGGUCAUAAUCAAGACGCUGCUUCAUGCCCGAGGCUUCCAGAACCACAAGUCUCUCAAGAUCAUCUUCCUGGUGGUAGCUGUGUUCCUGCUGACCCAGACGCCCUUCACUCUUGUGAAGCUCAUCGGCAGCACGAGCUGGGUGUACCACACCAUGACCAGCUACCACUACGCCAUCGUCGUGACGGAGGCCAUUGCCUACCUGCGGGCCUGCCUCAACCCUGUGCUCUACGCUUUUGUUGGCCUGAAGUUUCGGAAGAACUUCUGGAAACUUGUGAAAGACAUUGGCUGCCUCCCUUACGUGGGAGCCUGGAGCCAGCCGAAGUCUUCGGAGGACACUUCCAAGACGUGCUCUGCCUCCCAGCAAGUGGAGGGCACCAGCAUGUUCCAGCUGUAGGCCGUGGGGCUCAGAGAAGCUGCCCAGGAACUUGCAGGAGCACAGAAUGCCGUGUCCUCCGGCGGUGACGGGGAAGGCUUUGUUUAUAGCUUGUGCAUUUUUGCGGAGAAGUGACCCAACGCUGCAGCUGGUGUGCAAUGCUUCUUCUCAGGCGUGAACACACCUGUUCUCUCCUUGAACACCAGGCCUAAAGCUCACCGGGGAAGCCAGAAACUGUAAGGGGUUUCCUUCCUCCAUCUCCGAGAAUUCUGACACCAGGGGGAAUGGCGUGACUCUAAAACCCCAGAGCUGCUGACAGCAGGUGAUGUUGAGCUCCCAAGUUCAGGAGAUUCUUCCGGUUUCUGGGAGGCAGGGAUGCGAGCAGCCAUGAGAACAGGUGCUGACCCUUUCCUUUGGGCUCCUCACCAAGGAGGUCAGGUUCUGCCUCACUUUUGGGUUAACUUUUAUGCUCUUGUUCUGUGAUUAAUCCUGGAAGGACUUGCACCAGGGAAUAUGAACAGGCCAAAACAACUGAGUCGGCUGAGAAUCCCAGAGGUCCACAGAAUGCUAGAAACUGUGCAUAGCCAAGUUUAAGAUCACCGUGAAUCUAAGAAGUGUUCUGAAAAGGAGUCUAUGCUGGGUCUGCUCAUUUUAAAAUUGAAUUAUCUGCCUGGCCGAUGUGGUUCAGUGGUUAAGCGUUGACCCAUGAACCAGGAGGUCUCGGUUCGAUUCCAGGUUGGGGCAUAUGUCUGGGUUGUGGGCUUGGUCCCCAGUAGGGGGUGUGCGGGAGGCAGCCAAUCAAUGAUUCUAUCUCAUCAUUGAUGUUUCCACCUCUUUCCCCCUCUCCCUUCCUCUCUGAAGUCAAUAAAAAUUUUUUUUUAAAAACCAACAACACAAAUAUCCUAUGCCU